GCGCAGUGCAGCUGCAGCGCAGCCGAAUCUUCGAUUUUUAGUUGCUCGGAUAGAUAGUUACCCAACCUCUUCUUCGGUACAUACUAUCGACUCAGUCUCAAUUGCAGAAUCACAUAGGUUAAGCCUAAGCCUUAAGGUUAGACUUUUUUUGGAGUACGGUGCAUGCAGAAAGUGAUCCAGAAACGACUCAAGACAAGUCAAGAGUCAAGUCAAGAUCGGUCAUCGGCGUACGAAAUCCGGUGCUUUUUGAUCUGCAUCUUUCAAGAUGGCUGCUCCAACUAGGAAGAAGAAGGGUUUCCACAUUGAUGAGGCUGAACUUCUCUGCAAGAAAGGCUGUGGGUUCUAUGGCACUGUCGCUUGGCAGGGAUACUGCUCAAAAUGCUGGAGGGAGGAAUGCCAACGCAGUCGUCAAGCUCAGAUAGAGAGUGAUGCAUUGUUUGCCAAGAGGCUGUACGAGAGUGAAAUGCAACGCUCUGGCCGCCCCUCCACUCUAGUGACCACCCCAGAUCAACAAACCUCUAAUGAACCCACCCAUAUGGCCCUCACGUUUCCCCCUCGAUCUUCCAAGCCAGAGCAGCCCCCAUCCCCUUCAGGCUCGCAAGGGGUGGUAUCCCCAGCAGGUGCCCCCACCCUAGGGGGUCAAAAUGAGACUCUGACCUUUGAUAAGUUUGAGGAGAAACGGAAGCAGAGACAGAAUAGCAAAACAAAGUCCAUGAAGACACUCUUCUCAAAGGGUGGCAAGACACCAAACAGAGAGGGCGCUGCUCCUGCUCCUCAUGCACGACUUGAGAAACAGAUCAGCAUGGAGAGCCAGCGUGCCAUGGGCGACUUCAUGGAGUUUCUUAAAAUCCUCAACCGCCCUGCUGCUCAGGAUCUUAACAAGCAGUGCAGGGCAUUUGUAGAGAGACUCCAGAGGGAGUCUAAUCUGUCAGUGGAAGAGCAGGCUGAGUUGGUCCAGGACUUCUAUCACAGCAUGGGAGAUAGAAUGAGCACCCACAGUGCCUUCAAAGGCAUGUCCAGCUUCUCCCAUUCGAAAAGAUAUUCCUCUGAUUUUCAAGAAGCUACUGGGAAAAAUCGGUCACAUGACCAAGGUGAAAUGUCAUGUAUUGAUAUACAGGGAGUUGUUUAA